UAUUCCUCCGGGUGCGGCUCUACACCGGUUUGUGAUUCCUCAGCUAGCCAAGGGUUAUCAUCAUGACCGCUCGGGUUCUAGUCGGAGUUAAGCGGGUUAUCGACUAUGCUGUAAAGAUCCGAGUGAAGCCUGACAACACUGGUGUGGUUACGGAUGGCGUGAAACACUCGAUGAACCCUUUCUGUGAAAUCGCGGUGGAGGAGGCCAUCAGGCUGAAGGAGAAGAAGCUGGUGAAGGAGGUUGUGGCUGUGAGUUGUGGACCUCAGCAAGUGCAGGAGACCAUCCGCACAGCGCUGGCUAUGGGGGCCGACCGCGGCAUUCACGUGGAAGUUUCCGGAAAGGACUACGACUCUCUCGGGCCUCUCCAGGUGUCCAAGAUCCUCGCCGCGUUGGCCAAGAAAGAGGACGCUUCCCUCAUCAUCCUCGGGAAACAGGCCAUUGACGAUGACUGUAAUCAGACGGGUCAGAUGACCGCCGCUGUCUUGGACUGGCCCCAGGGGACCUUCGCCUCUGAGGUGACAUUUGAGGGAGAUAAUUUGAAAGUGGUGCGAGAGAUCGAUGGAGGACUGGAGACUAUUAAAAUCAACAUGCCUGCCGUGGUGACUGCUGACCUUCGCCUCAACACACCCCGAUACGCCACACUGCCUAACAUCAUGAAAGCCAAGAAAAAGAAGAUCGCCAGCGUGAAGCCAGGAGACCUGGGAGUGGACGUGAGCUCUCGGCUGGAGGUGCUGCGGGUGGAUGAUCCUCCACAGAGGCAGGCAGGAAUGAAAGUGGAGUCGGUGGAGGACCUGGUGGGCAAACUGAAAGAGGCGGGAAGGAUAUAAAGGAGCAGGUGGAGCAGGACACAUGGUCACUGCGAAUUUUUUUUUUUUUUCCCUUUCAUCGCCUCAAACCCCAUGGACAUCCUUGCAUUAUCUCGACCCUCUUGCUGAUCCUCUGACCACCUGGCUGGAGCAGGGUCUGCUCCCUUCUGUAUUCUGACUCCAUCUUUGUUUGGUCCUUUGAACCUGCCCACUGUUUUAUGGAGCAGUUUCACUCCACAGUCUGGUGUAGAUUAAUGCCGAGAGACACUUUCUCAUAUUUCAAAACAAGAGUGCUGAUGUAGGAACAGUUGUUGCUUUUUAUGCAGUGUUCUGUAUAUUUACUUACUUGGUACUCAAAUUGGAAACCUUUCCCAGAUUAGCACUUGUACACUACUGGAUUUGAGCACACGAUGUCUGUUUUCCGUUAACUAUUCCAUCCUGCUUCCAGUUGUUUGUUGUGAGAGUGUGUUUGAUCGUGCACAUUAUAAAUAAAGGCCAUUUUCUAAUAAAUGCACAUGCACUGUAUUAAAAACUCUUCUGAACUGUAGAUUAAUCAAGUGAGAUCUGUUUCAGCGUGUACAGUUUAUACUUCAGACAGUGUCUCUCAGCAUGGACCACAACAGGAGAACAAGAAGCUCUUUUUACCACAAAUGCCUCUGGUUUUGAGUUCUAAUUGUACAGAAUCGAACUGUGGAAAAUAAAUAAUCUGUUCUUUUCA